AUGAUUUCUAUUCUUAAAACUACUUAUUUCCUUUUAUUUAUCUUGGCACUUACAUUUCGAAUACUGGCUCAGGUUACUUCUUGCCAAAUAACUAGUUCUACUGAAGCCAAAAUAGUAUUUUCAACAUCAAGCUAAGCAGCUUCAAUCGAAGGGACAAUUUCAAAUUUUAUUAAUCCAGACAGUGUCAGAACUAUUUCAAAUAUAGAGCUAUACCUGUAUUCAGGCACAACUAACACAAUAAAGGCUUCAACCUAAUCCGCAUCCCUUUCAAAUUUUCAAUCAGCAGUGCUCUCAGCUUCUAUAAGUUCAUCCAGUGCUGUGGUAGGAGCUACAAAUACAUAAUUAAUAGUUAGUUUAACUCCAUCUACUGUUCUUAAGGCAAGUGGUGGUGUUGUUAUUACAAUACCUCAGUACUACACUAAUGCUGGAAGCAGUUAUAUGAUUGCGAGUUCCUCACCAACUUGCAGUGGGCUUAUCGGUGCUACAGCUAUCAAUAUAGUAUCUUGUAGUUUUACUGGCUCUUCUCUAUAAAUCUCUGUAAUCUAUACAAUAACAGCUGGUACUGAUUCAACUUCAAAUAUGAGAUUGACAAUCUCGAGUUUCAGAAAUCCCAUCACUACUUAAACUAAAUCUGGUUUUUCUGUUAUGACAUAAGACUCAAAUGGAUACUUGAUAGAAACCAUAUCAUCUAUUAGUUUGUCAGGAAUUACUACACCUGCCAGUUUCUAAUCAUCACUUUUAUCUUUGGUUGAUUCUUCCUUAGUUUAAACAUACACAGGAAUACAAUUCAGGUUUUCCUUAGCAGUUCCAUUGGAGUAAGGAUGCUACAUGAAGUUGAUUUUCCCUUCUGAUUUCACAAUUGAUGAUAAAUUGACUCUGGUUACAGGCUCGGGCUUCUUUAGAACAUCAUCAACUUCAAAUAUUGUAACUAUGAUUUAGAAUGAUCCUGCUACAAGGACUAUUGUAAUUCCUGCCUGUAAUUUUUAAUAUGGUCCAGACUAAGCUGGUAUUCUCACCUUUAACUAAAUUAAAAACCCAAAUUUUAUAGCUGCUCAGUCAUUAUUCACGUAUGGUAGUAUCUCAAAUAUAUUAGUAACAGCAGUUGAUUCAAUAGCAAUUCAAACGUCAACUGCUUAUCAGAUAAGUUUUACACCAGAUCAUGCACUACCUGCUACUACUAGUUUGAUAGUGAUUUAAUUUCCAUCUUUAAUUACGCUUACAAGCUCAGGUUGCACAAUUAGAACAAAAAGUUCUAGAUUUGAUUCGAGCUCGAUCGCUUGCUCUAUCACUGGAUAAAUUGUCACUAUAACGAGUCCAUUUGCAACAAGAUAUUCAGGUGGAACUUAACUCUAAUUAAGUAUAGAUAGCGGGAUCAAUCCCUAGAGUGAAAGAGAUGCUGGCACAUUCUAGAUUUUUACUUACGUUAGAAUCUCCAGUGUUAACUAUAUAGUUGAUCAAGGUGUUUCAGCUGCAAACUAAAUUGUACCUGUUGGAGGUCAGAUUUUCAAAGCUGCUGAUAUCAUAGUUACUUCACCAGUGACAUACUUAAGCGAUUAAGUAUACUAAUUUGCAGUAACUAUGCAGCAUAAGUUGCCUUAGGACGGAUAUCUGAACUUCACUAUUCCUAAAGAGCUUUCAAUUUCUUCAUCAUCUAUGGUUACAAAUAACUGUAUCAGAGUAGAUACCUCCAAAAAUAUGAACUGUCAAGUUGUGAACAGUUCUUAAAUUUAAAUUCAUAUCGACUCACGAGCGUUUAGUGAUGGUAUUGCAAUUGGUUCUGUUUUUACAUUUUCUGUCGCUGGUUUAAAAAAUCCAAGAAGCACAGCUACAACUGGAUUAUUUUACUUUUCAAGUUAUGAUGCUGACAUGAAAAGAAUCGACUCCUCAACUUAAUAUGACUAUUUCACAGCAACAAUGACAUCCUUAUCAGCGAUUACUUCUAUUACGAUUGACAAAAAUAACAACACCAAUAAUGCUCUCUCUAAUUAUACCUUUAAUGUGAUACCAAAUACUCCAAUUCUAGCAAAUGAUUUCAUGGAAAUUGGUUUCCCUUCUGAAGUGAGUCUCCCCGAUGUGAGUAAUCUUCAAUGCUCCAUUGAUGAUUCAAAGCCAAAUGGUUUAGAAAAAGUUUAAUGCUCUAAGAAAAACUAGAAUACUCUUUUUAUCUAAUUUAGUGAAGUUAGUUCAAUAAGUGCAGGCUAAAGUUUUUCAUUUACAGUGCAAAAUGUUAGAAACCCAAUAAGUACCUAGCCAUCUUCAGCAUUUUUCGACAUUAAAAUCGGUACUACUAUUGGUGCUUAUGAUAUUUCUAAGUAUACUAAAACUGACUUAACUGUUGUCACUGAUACGUCAUCAAAUAUCAAUAAUAGGAAACUCUCUCAGAGCAAUAAAAACCCAAGUGAAUUUGCUAAUUUUACAAUUACUUUCACAACUACAAAUCCUAUUCCAAGUAAUGCAGCAAUCCUUAUCAAUGCUCCAUCUAUAAUUGGUUUGUCGCAAAAUUCCUACUAUUGCUAUGCUGCCUUGACUUAGGUAUUCUUAGGCGUUUGUAUCAUCGAUAGAAACUUGAUCAAGGUAGAAGGUGCAUUUACUAAGUAUACAAACUACAUUGGAGAGGUUUCCAUUAUAUUCUUAGCUACCAACCCAGGGGAUAAUUCAAAUCUUUAAAGUAUAAUCCUAAGAAUCUAUACUGACAACACAUAUGCCUAUAGAAUUAAUAAAAUAGAAAGUGGUCUAAUGCCAACCCUUGAAUGCAAUUAUCCAUGUAGAAGAUGUGACUAGAAUAAUCCAGAUUAUUGUACUGACUGUUUUAAUGACACUGCAUUUCCCUAGUUUAUUUAAAAAGCUACUGAUGCCUAGCAAACAUGUGUUUAUAAGUGCUCGGAUGGUUAUACCUCAAAUGGUUCAAAAUCUCCGAAGACUUGCCAAAAAUGUGACUCUAAAUGUAACACUUGUUACUAGCAAAAUAAAGAUGGUGACAUUAAUAAAUGCCUCACAUGCUCUUCAUUGUAUCCAUACUUUUACACUCCAAAAAUUACAUGCUAAGAAAAAUGCUUUGAUGGCUAGUUUACUUGUAAGACUUAAGAAUGCUGCGAAUGUUCCACACCCUGUAGAACAUGCCUUAGCUCUACAUUGUGCAAAACUUGCUAUCAGGACUCUACAAAGCCUCUCUUAUGGAUUGAUAAGUGUGUAAGUGAAUGCCCCUCAGGCUUCACUAAGCUUGGAUUUGACUGUCUUCGCUGUACCAGUCCUUGUGCAACUUGUAUGCCAGGGUCAUAGACUUCUUGUAUAACCUGUGAUGGUAAAAAUGGUUAUCAAUUAUUAUUUGGCAGGCAAUGCCUCUAGUAGUGUCCAUUGGGUACCACUCCACAGUACAGCAACAUAACUCAGUCAAGAUGUGUUGGGUGCUAAUCAGGAUGUGAGGUAUGUGAUAAAGAUGAUAAUUCCAUUUGUCUUAAAUGCGAAGUAGGGCUAGCCCUUCAUGAAAAUCAGUGCUUGACAGAGUGCCCAUUCAAUUACAUAAAGUCAAAAGAUGGAACAGCUUGCGAACUUAGAACUUAUCUGCUGAAUGCUUCUCUUAUUUACUUUCCAUUUGCUGGAGCAGCAGUGCUAGUCAUUAUAAUUUGCAUUGUGGGCUUUUUCGUUUCGAAAAAUAAAUCUUUAAUACUCUCAAACUGUGCUGCGCUUCUAGGAUUUAUCGAAUGGGGUUGUCUACUUUAUCAAAUAUACUACGCAUAUACUUAUGAGAUUAACUAUACUAUCAUUUCUCUAGCAUCAUUUGGAAUCCUAUGCGGAUUGUAUCUCCUCAAUCUCGCUUUUGUGAUUUUUUAUUGUGCAAGAAUAAUGUACUCAGACAUUGGUUUUAAUUACUGGAGACAAAAUUAUUUUUGUACCACUUUAUUUAUGUUAUUUUUCUCGCUCUGCAUCAAUUUCAAGCUCUUCAGAUUUUUAUACUCAAGAUUCUUUGGAAUGGAAAGAUUCAGCGCAAAGAUUGAUGAUAAAGCUUCCUUCACCAGAAAAGUAUAAAUAUUCUCUAUCAUUUCUAUAUUCACGUUUACCUUACCCUUGUGUGCUCUGGAUGCAAUAAUCUUACUUUAUCUGUCUUGGGGGUCUUAGCUAUACAUAACCUGUGCUGAAAGUGGUUGUAUAAGCUUUAUUGGAGCUUUACUAAUGAUAUUUGACAAUUGCUGUAUGUGUUCAAGGUUGUCCUAUCAUGAGGAACUUCAAGAGUAAAAAGCAAAAAGGAAAGCUAGGCUUCUAUAUUCGUAAUUGGAUCAAUCGAAGGUGAAGGAUUAACUAUUGAUGGCAGGAGCACCAGGAUAUGAUGAGGAAUCUAAAAUUUAAAUACUUGAUAGAGAAGAGGCCUUAAAAGAAAUCAUUUCCUAGGUUAAAAAUAACAGAGAGCUAUUAAUCAAUAAUUAAUUUGAUGCUUUACUCACUCAAAAUAGUAUGAAUAGUGAAGCAAGAAUUGAGAGUAGAUUCAUUCGACGAGUUAAUUCUAUGCAAAAUAUUUUAGUUGUUUUUCCUGAUGAAUUGAUUGGCGAAGAUGAUCGAAGGACUGUUUCGUAUGAUGGUUAUAAGGCCGGCGAAAGUAGAGUGAGAAACCCUCAAACUAUAAAUGAUUAGUCAUUCAUAAGUCUUGAUAAAACCACUAUGCUCAAUAAUAAGAAGCAAAAUUAAGCAAAAGAUGCUAAAAAUCAGAAAUUUGUUGAGCUCUUAUAACAGGAAUAUAAAUUUGAUAAUGUUUAUGCAGAUGCUGUAGAUCCACCCCCUCCCCCUCCUCCUCCAGUUAUAAUACCAGAAAAGCCAGAGACUCAUGACUUUGAGAUUCAAACUGAUAAGGUGAGUAUGAAAAGUCGGAAGUCCUCAAGCAAAGGUGUUAGUAGGUAAAAUUCCAUCAGAGCUGCGGAUAAUAUCUUAGCAGAGAAUUCAAUUGAAAGUCUACACGAUGAUUUAUCUUCAAAGCGCAGAAAAAAGAAGAAAUAGAGAGGCAAAAAUAAGAAUUAAUACUACACCUAGAUCAACGAGGAAGACUAAGAAGAUAACUUCUCUUUGGAAGACGAUGCUGAUACAUAGAGAGAGUUUCUAAAAACUGCUUAGGAAAUAGAUGAAGAGGAAGAAGAUUCUGAAACAGAGAAGAAAAAUCUCAAAAUUUAAAAGAAAGAUAGCAGGAAAUCUGCAGCCAGAAAAAGUAGCAAGAUGGCAAAGUCUUUAGAAAAAGUUAUGUCUGAUAAAUCAAUGAGAUCAAGGAGCUCAGCUGCCUAAAGCUAAAAGAAAUCCAUAAGCUAGCAAUAAUAACAAUAAUUAAUGUCAUACUAGAGUGAAAAGUAGAUCCAAUCUCAAAUAUAAAAACUUGAAGUACUUUAAAACUAAUACGAAACUGAGUAUUUCAACCAAAGGACAUUCAAUAUCAACGAUAUAAUAGGCGAAUUUGUAAGAAACUGGAAGGGAGGCAUUCUGAAUAAGAGAGAGCAGGUCUUAGAAAAUAAUUUAAGAGACAUGAAAGGUAGAGUAGUUAAUAGAAGAGGAUAUCUGAUUGAUGAAAACAUAGGAUGUAUCUUAAACAAAAACAAUCUAAACCUGAUGUUUAAGAUUGAAGAAAUUGAUGAGGAUGGAGAUAUUCCAAUGCCCUAUAAGUUUGAGAGAUAUAAUUUCAACCCUCAUGAAAUAAUGGGUAAUUUCGAUUAUGACACAAAGAACAAUCUUAAGCCAAUCAUACUCAAAAACAAGCAAGGCUAGCUUGUUGAUAAGCAUCUCAGAUAAGUAAAUCCUUCGGGCUUUCUAGUUGAUGAGAAUGAAAACAUCAUUGAUAACUUUGGCAAAAUCAAAUUUAUUAGACAAUAGUUAAGUGACAUAGGGGAUUUGCCAAUGCUAUUUAACUUUAAAGGUAAAUAGUUUGACAUUAGAAGCGUAAUUGGAGUGUUCAACAGAGAUGCAAUGACUAAGUAGAUUAUUCUAAAUCCUGAUAUGUAUGAGCCAAACACUUUAGUUGACAAACUCGGGCGUAAGGUUAAUCCAAACGGCUACUUAGUAGAUAAAAUUGGGAAUAUCAUUAACUAAGAUGGUAAAAUAGUGUUCUUUAAAUCGUAGUUGAUGUUUAAUGAACCACCAAAGCUAUUCCCAUUCAUGAAGUUUAAAAUUGAAUGGCUCAUAGGCAACUUAGACUUUGAUGGAUAGAGGUUACCUAUGUUUACUACAUCCUAAGUCUAAGAAAAUCUGUAUACAGGGAAGGCAAUAUUCUAUGAUAAUGAUGGAAAGCUAGUUAACAGACUCGGCUUCUUAGUUGACGAGGAAGGAAAUAUACUUGAUAAAAAAGGAAAUGUUUUCAUUAGAAAAGAUUUGCUAGUUUUAGAUGAGAAUAAAAAGGCUAAUCAGUUACCAAAGCUUUUUAGAAUGGGUGUUUUGUACUCUGGACACAAAAGUCAAUAAUAAGUAGUGGAUAAUGUAUUUGAAUAGAAUCUAUUAAAUGAAAUGAACUAAGACUUGCUUUUUAAGGAUGAGGAAUAAGUCUUAAUCUAAGAACAACUAGAGAUGCUUUAGCAGUCUCAGAAUUUAUAAAAUAUUGCUGCAUUAGAUAAUCAUUAGCAGUUAGACAGAUAACUACAGCUUGAUGAUCUAGUGCAAAAAGACAUUGUUAACAUAAACAUUGAUAAGAAUAUGAACAAGAGUACUGUCUAAAUUUUGGAUUUCUAGCAGUAAGCUUACCCCAAUUAGCAAUUAUAGCAAAUACAACUGUAGUAGAUAAGCAAUAAUACAAACAUAAAUUUCAAUCAACCCUAGCCAUAUCAAUUAAAUUAGUAUCCUUAGCAAAUGGCGAACAACUUUAAUAUGGAUACUCAUGAUAUUGCUAGUUAAAAUAACUAUUUGGACUAAGAAGAAGGUAUGAGUGAUCCGGAACCACUUAUGGAUAAAAUCAAAAACAUCCCUAAUCAAGGCGAGUCCAGUAAACAUAAAAAGAGAAAGCAAUCGGCACUCCCAGCAAGACCUAAGUAAGUAAGAUAAGGGGAAAAAGUCUUAAAUGCCUAUUCAAUCUAGAGACCAAUUAGCUCAUAUCUACCAUAGAAAUAUUAAAAUAGAGCCAAGUCUUAGUUAAAAUAAAGAACUGAUUAGAGGUAAACCAUGCAAUAACUUUAAGAUUCAGAGUAUAAUACCAGAGAUCAGCAGACAAGACUGAUGAGUUCAAAAUCAAACAUGAAUAUGACUGCAAAUAUUCACUCAAGCAGCGGCAUAUUCAAAUAGAACGCUAUUUCAGCUCUAGGAUUCACAGACGACUUCUCAGGGUAAAACAACUUUUAAGUUAAAAAGAAUUAAUAUAUGGUAUCCAAUCAUGAUCCCAGCGAUGAUCAAUCCUAUAAUAACUUCCUCGAAGGAGAUGUGGACUAGAUGAGCCAGAGCAACAACUUUAAUUUCACACAUAAUGAUGAUAGACUGUAAAGGAAAAUUCACUAAAGACGCAUUAAGCAAAAUGAGUCAUAAGUAGAUAAGAUUUAUGCAGACGAGGUAAAUAAAUACAUCGAUCAGAGUGAAGAUGAGGAUGAUGACGCAAUCUUUAAUGAGAAUUUCAACAUCGGGCAAAAGUAUAGAGAUGAGCAGAAUAGAAGCAACAGUCGCAAGAGGCAUUAAAGAUCAAAUUUAAAGAUGUAUGAGUAGGAUAUGAGAAGUGAUUCUAGGGGAAGUAAUGAUAGUUAGUUGUCAAGAAGAGGUCCCACUCAUUUGCAAAGAAGUAAGUAGUAGUUAAAGAGAAUGGACAGUAAGCUCAAGCAUUUGGAGUAAAUUUAUCUGCACAAACCCGAACUCUCGACUAAAAAUGUGACUGCAAAGAGCAAGUUGUUUGGGGACACAAGCUCUAAGAAGAUAUCCAGACAUGGGGGAAUGGCAUUAGGAGGAACAUCUAAGCUAAGAGCCUUGCAAGAUCAAUACUAUGAUUCACAAGUGUAGUCAAGAGAUGUUAGUCCAUUGAGUUAAGGUCGCUCUUAAAUUUAGUAAUAUGGCAGGAGGAGAUGA